AUGCAGAAGGCAAGGUCUUUUCAUUUCAGGCGGAUUGGGAAACGAAUCCACCAUUUAAUCUCUGAUGGUUCUCGUCACGAUAGCGACGAGGAGGAGGAGGAGGAGGAUUAUAGGGGUGAAGCAGAAUCUGAUAAUGAAAUGCCAAACAGCUCUAAUGGCAAUGAGAGUGAAUCCUCAUUGGGAAAUCGUCAAGUAGAAUCUGCGAUUCAUCAACGGCAUAAUGUUUCACCUUCACCUACUCAUGGGGAAGCAGUUGGCCCUAAACCUUCCAAGCCACAAACUGGUUCUAUCGUGUUUGUACUUACAGAAGUGGAGAUGAUAAAGGAAAGAUUUGCUAAGCUGCUUCUGGGAGAAGAUAUGUCAGGUGCUGGAAAGGGAGUUUCUUCUGCUUUGGCUUUGUCCAAUGCAAUAACGAAUCUAGCUGCAUCUGUUUUUGGAGAACAAUCGAAACUGGGGCCAAUGUCUGCAGAAAACAAAGCAAGGUGGAGAAGAGAAGCUGACUGGAUUUUAUCUGUGACUGAUCACAUUGUUGAGUUUGUUCCUUCAAAACAGAUAGGAAAGGAUGGGACGUGCAUGGAGAUCAUGACUACCCGGCAACGAAUUGAUCUGCUCAUGAACAUACCUGCCUUACGCAAGCUUGAUGCAAUGCUUAUUGACACGUUAGAUAAUUUCAAAGAUCAGACUGAAUUCUGGUAUGUUAAAAAGUGUGAUGAUGAUCCUGAAGGUAAAAAGAGUGACAAAUGGUGGCUACCGACUGUUAAAGUUCCCCCAGAUGGAUUAUCAGAUGCAGGAAGAAAAUGGCUGUAUAUCCAAAAGGACUCUGUCACCCAAGUACUCAAAGCAGCCAUGGCUAUUAAUGCUCAAGUACUAUCUGAGAUGGAGAUUCCUGAAAACUACAUUGAAUCUCUUCCUAAAAACGGUAGAGAAAGCCUUGGUGAUUCAAUCUAUAAAUAUAUAACAGAGGAUUACUUUGAUGCUGGACAGUUCCUCUCAACUAUGGACUUGUCCUCUGAGCACAGGGUUCUUGACCUCAAGAAUAGAAUUGAAGCUUCUAUAGUGAUAUGGAGAAGAAAGAUGACCAACAAGGACAGCAAAUCUUCCUGGGGUUCAGCUGUCAGCCAUGAGAAGAGGGAGCUCUUUGAGGAUAGAGCAGAGACCAUAUUGUUGUUAAUUAAACAGAAGUUCCCAGGACUUCCACAAUCCUCACUUGAAAUAAGCAAGAUCCAGUACAAUAAGGAUGUAGGACAGUCCAUUCUAGAAAGCUAUUCAAGAGUGAUAGAAAGCUUGGCCUAUACAGUGUCAUCAAGGAUUGAGGAUGUUUUAUAUGCUGAUUCCAUGGCCCUAAAUCCAUCAAUGGCAGGACAUAACAGGAGGCUUUCAGUGGAUGAUGACAUGGGCCGAAGCCCUGAGGAAGAUGCAGAGAAGUUUAAUUCUUCAUCAGAUACGUCAUCCUCCAUGACUCUCUCAGAUUUCAUGAAUUGGCCUUCUUCUAAUGGAAGGGAUGAUAUGCAUAACUCUGGAGACUUGGAUGAAGAAAACUAUAAAGAAAACGAGGAAAAGAGUUCAAAUAAAACUCCCAAGUACCCCAAGAAAUCCUACUGGGACAAAAUUGAGCAUUUGUAUGCCAUCAAAAGUCCCAUACCUCGCCAUCGAUAUGAAUGA